AUGGCGGACGUCGACAUGGCAGAUGCGCCUACACCCAAGACCAAGGUCGCCAAGGCCGGCGCCAGCACCGACAGCAGCGACAAGAAGCGCUUCGAGGUCAAAAAGUGGAACGCAGUGGCGCUCUGGGCGUGGGACAUUGUGGUGGACAACUGCGCCAUCUGCCGCAACCACAUCAUGGACCUCUGCAUCGAGUGCCAGGCCAACCAGGCCUCUGCUACCAGCGAAGAGUGCACGGUCGCGUGGGGCAUCUGCAACCACGCCUUCCACUUCCACUGCAUCUCGCGAUGGCUCAAGACGCGACAAGUGUGUCCGCUCGACAACCGAGACUGGGAGUUCCAGAAGUACGGUCGGUAG